CAAAGAAAAGAGUGAAACGAGUACGCAGCAUACAUUGACUCCUCUCAUCUCGUCGGCUUGUCUCGGGUGCUCACAGCAGGGUAGCGCACCAUCGCGGUCGGGGCCGGGAACAGCAGUCUGGUGGGCCCCCGCCUGCAGCACGCUCCCCACGCACACUCCCCGUCUGCUGCAUCGCUGGAUCUCGAUAUUCGCCCCUGCUCCCGCUUCAAUCAGCAGGCCCCCUAGCUUGAAUUCACGCCCACCAUUUUUCGACUGCGUCUCUGAUCACCACCACCCCUCUCCUCAUUCGGAACGGUGCCAGUACUGGACAGCAGCUGCCAUGGUUUCCGACAAGAGACUAACAGAACAUCGGCGGCCCCGUCGGCGUCCUCUUGACCACCCCGCUUGGCAGGCUCGCCAAGCCAACCAGGGCGGUGGUGGUAGCUCGGCAAAUCCAGGUGGCCAGGGGUCUACGACCCGCUCGCCAGCUACCGGCGCGAGUACUGACACGCGUAGCUCAAUACAGACCGAUGCAGUAGGUGGUGGCGCCUCGACGAAAGGGACUGCGACAACCACCGGUCCAAGGACCGGGGCGUCGACCAGCCCUGCUGCCGCCACCGCCUCCUCGUCGUCUACAGCGACAGCGCAUGGCGUAGCAGGGAGUCCUAACCCAGGAUCUGGUGACGAUAGUGCUGCGGGAGGCUCGGCGAACGGCAUCCUGACAGACCCGUCGAGCUACCGCAACACGUCCCGCAUCGUCCUAUCUCAUCUCGGAGGUGGCGGCCAGCUUAUCUACACAAUGCCUAUCAGCAUCAACCACCAGACGCUGAACCUGCAGGUAGACACCGGCUCUUCGGACCUCUGGGUGGCGAGCACUGGCUGCCGGUCCGACUCCUGCUCGAGCACAUCGUCGUCGAAAGUCCAGCUUUUCGACUCGCGCGACGCACCCAACCUUAACAUUCGCUUCGACAUUCAGUACGUCCAGGGCGGCGUGUCCGGCUCGAUCGUCACAUCUAACGUGCUCGUACCGGGCACGGACCUUACGCUGGUACGGCAGGCGCUCGGCUCGGCGAGCACGGUCACCAACGAGCCGCUCGGCGCGGGCAACUUUACCGGCAUCGUCGGCCUCGGCCUGCCGCUCGCAAGCGAGCUGCAGCGCCUGCUGUAUGACAACACCGGCAACUCAAACCCGGGAAACGACGUCUCGGACGCCUCGUCCACCGGCAGCAUUCUCACGGGCAUCUGGUCCGGCCGCCCACUCGGCGCGCGCUACAUUGGCGUUGGCCUGCAGCGCCUGCCCUCCGAGGGCGGAGUAGGUGACAGCACGCUGACGAUCAGCUCGCUCGACCCGACGUACGCGACCAACAUGAGCCAGCUAACAUUCGACAAGGUGCCCUCGACCCCCGCGAGCGGCAGCGACUCGGGAGACGGCUCCUCGUCCAGAUCCAUAUCGUCGGCGGCGCACUGGCGCACCUACCUCACGCAGAUGACCAUCGACGUCGGCGGCAACACAGUCCCGCUCUCACUCGGAGGGUCGAUGGGCACGCAGUACCCGCUCGCCACCUUCUCGACCGGCACGCCCUUCUCACUUGCGCCGACCAGCGUACUGAAUCAGGUGUAUGGGGCGUACGGCUACCAGCCCGGCUCUGACGGGGGGUACUACGUCCCGUGCGACCUGAUGAUGAACUUUACACUCUAUCUAGGCACAAGCAGUGUUCAGGUCCCCAUCCACCCGCUCGACGCCAAUAUCCACCAGACCAGCGGCGACCCGAACUACUGCUUUGGCGGCUUCCAGGCCAUCGACCAGGGAGUCGUCGGCGGCGUGCAGAAGCUCGGCGCAGAUUUUGUCAUCGGCGCACCUUUCAUGCGGAGCGUGUUCAGCGUGUUCAGCUGCGACGAUCUUGUCCAUAAGCCGACAAACGAGACCAGCGACAUCUGCGAUCCACAAAUCGGCAUCCGGCCGCUUAUCACUGACCCCAAAUUUGCUCGGGACCAAUUCUACCAAGUCCGCGUGCUCAAGCAGUCUCUUGGCGCAGACCCUGUCUCCACAACAGCCAACCCCAGCGGACUCACUUCGGGGCUGCAGGCACUGAUUGGCGUGCUGAGUGGCAUCGCGGGCAUCGCCGGGAUCAUGGUCCUCGUUGUCCUGUACCUGAAGCGGCAGCGCAAGAAGCGCCACGCGCUCGCUAUAGCCUCGGGUGCCGAGAAGGAAGGCACGAGCCGCUCGCCGAGCCUCGACGAGGCGGCCAUCUGGUCCGAUGCGCAGCUUGCCAAGGCGCGCGAAGUGCACCGCAUGCACGGCGUCUUUGAUGAGGACGACGUGAUGCAUGCGCACAACCAGGGUGGCCUCGCAGCUGCGCAGCGCGCCGACUUUGGCGCCAACAGUACCGGGCAUGGCGUUGGCGGCAGCAGCAGCCUCGGCGUCCUCUCUGCGUCGACGCCGUACCAGGACGCUCGACGCAUCAAGCAGGCGUACCUCAACCGUCAUCCAUCUUUCGAGCUCAAGUCGCGGGACGAGCAGGCGCAGAUCCUCUCCGCGCUGUCACAGCAGGAUGGACAAUCGGCGCAUGAAUUCGAGUCGAUGACGGAGGAAGAGGACAACGCUGUCGCUGUUGCAGCAGGCGCUCUUGCUGCUGGUGGUGGUGGAGUAGCGAUGUCAACUGCUCUUCCGCAAGUGGCAGAGAAGGAGAUGCCGCAGCCGCAACCGCCAUUGGCAGAGGCGAGCUCCAACUACGCGCAUUCGUCACACAUGACUAACCCCUCAGGCGGCUCGUCAGCUUACCUGCUCGGCACGCCGCAGUUCGAGGCGGAGCCUGUGCCUGCUCAUCGACAACAUGAGCCACAGCAGGGGUCCAGCGAGGCCUUCCAGCCAGAGCAGCAUCAACAGCAACAAGAAGCCCCUGCCCCUGCACUUGUUCCUGCCGUCGCAGCGGCGGAACGUCAAGACUACCGGUCGGAGCCUGAAGCGACGCCGUAUCGCGACUACCCAUACGCGCAACAGCGGCCUCCACGGGCGCCAUCCAACUUCCACUUCCAGUCGCAGCACGAGACUCGCGAGCAAAACAACCAGUAUCCACACGAGACGACUGCCUUCCUCGCUCCCGCGCAUCGCGCCUACCCGCCGCAACAGCCUCUAUGGGCCGGAAACAGCGAGCCGAUGCAAAGCUACCCGCACCAGCACGCUAACUUCGGCUUCCUGGCGCCUGCAGCGGAGGUCCGCAUGCAGCCUACUUUCCACCAUGGCGCCAGCCCCACGGCGACGCCGCAGCGUUCGACGGACGACUUGGAUCCGCACGCAGUUUGAGAAAAGGUUGAGCGCGACCUAAGCGCCUCUUUAGUAGUUCUAGUCAUCCCCCCUUUUUUACCUUCUGCUUCGACUUGACCGCGGAUCGAACGUUGACACAGCAACGGACCUUUAUUCGGCGAUCGCCUCGCCAGCUUUGCGCUCCCCGUCUUGCAUCCAUCCGUUCACUGCCACGAUGGCAACCCACAGCCUCACAAGGCUACCGACUAUCCUUCAACUGCAAAUAUCUGCUCAACACUUUCGCCCGCCCUACCGCGCUGCAUUUAUUCCGUCCUUGUCCUCCAAGAAAAAAGACAUUAUUUGUCUACUCUUUCCACUCCCUCCAAGUUACUGCAUUUGUUCUCCUGCCUCCAGUCCCGCGCCGUUGUGUGGCAUGUAUCCGUAUAUACAUCCGGUCUCUGUACCAUACCAGGGUCUUUGCAUGCAAUUUGACAUACCGUUUCAUUCUGUU